AUGACGCUUAAUAUAAAUAAAAGCUCUUGUAUCACAUUUCAUCGAACCAAGUCUCCCAUAUAUUUCAAUUAUACGCUUGACGGUGCCCUAUUAUCAAGAAGCAACAUUGUCCGAGAUCUUGGCAUAGUUCUGAGUGAAGACUUAACCCCCCACGAACAUAUUAACAACAUUUGUGCCAGAGCUGCUAAGGCACUUGGUUUCAUAACUCGCUCUUCCAGAGACUUUCAUGAUCCUACUGUACUCGGGACGCUAUACUGCACACUAGUUCGACCUCUACUUGAGUAUAGUUGUGUCAUGUGGUCUCCUCAUCAAGUAACUUUGGUGCGCCAGAUUCAAUCUAUACAAGACAAAUUCAUCCGUCUAUUUGGUUGUAGGCUGGGAUUCGCCUACAGAGACGUACCGCUGCGGCUUAUCGAGGAAAAAUUGGGACUUUGUUCCCUGGAAACCAGAAGGAGUAUCCAAGGGGUUAUGUUUCUGCACAAACUUAUCACUGGCGGCAUUGUUUGUCCAGAGAUCUUGAGAGGAGUUUUUCUUUCGCUGUCCAAUGGGUACGAGAUCCUCAGAACUAUUCGGCAGACGUCACGUUGGUUCGAACUAUGA